GAUAUGCAAAAGGUUCAGUAACUGAUGGCAUUCCUUGUAAAACAAAGAAUUAGCACAUGCAACAAAGAGUCUAAAGUUUCUAUCAGAAUAACUUCCCUUUGUGGCCAUUCGCAGGCUGUGGUAACUAAGAUAUAUUUAAUCGUCACUUUAGUUACAAAUGUUGCAAGUUUUAAGAUGCUAUCUUGAUACACAAUGCAGCUUUAAUAUGAUUAUUUAAUGAGUAAUCAACUUUUACACCCAUAUCGUGGCAUUACUUUGACAACGCGAAGUAGAAAGAGUAUAACAAUGCAGAGGACAACAACAGAACAAGAUUGACUGCUACACCAACAGACAGUUUGACAAGUGACUCUCACAACUUCUACUGACGAAAACAAGUCCCGAGCACAAGCCAAAAUGUGUGCCAUUUUUAUUAGAAGAAAGCAUCAAAAUUAUCGACAAGUCUUACAGUAAGAAGAAACCAAACAUAGUGCAAAAACAGGGCAAAAACUAGAAGCGAAAAAGGAAGAAACAAAAACUGGCUGCACGAGCUAAACGGUUGUCAGGUCAGGAGGCCGAGCAUGAAGCAGCAGCCAGCCAGCCACCUCAACCUUUUGGCUCUGGCAAGACCACCAAAGCAUGCGUCCCUCUCUGAUCUAAGCUACAACUUUCAAUAAUUUCUUAGAUGAUUUGUUAAAGACUAGCAUUUUGUUCCAACCAGGUAGGCAUGAUAACUGAACUGAGUACUUUACCUGAUCUGCCUGAAGAUUUUUGUUUGUUCACGAGAAAGCCAUAUGAUUAUGAGGAGUGAUUAUUCAGUUUUUAUGUAGAUUUUAUGAUAGAAAAUGGAAUAAGAGGGAAAGACACAAGUGCACAAACCAAAUAAUUAAAUUUGUUUUAUGUAUAAAUAAGGUGGACAUUCACAAUUUGGAAGUUCGAUGGAAUCAAUGUAUGAAGCAAUUCUCCAAGUUACAGUACAUAAUAUUGUAUAGACAAUAGAAAUUAGGGUCCAUAUUCAGAAUUUUUAUUUCGCUGUGUCUAGCCUAUGUUGUCUCAACAUAGCCGGUCCCAAGCCCGGGUAAAGGAGGAGGGUUGUGAUAGGCUUGGCGAGCCAACGUAAAAACUCAGCCACUCUUAUGGAGAUGAAACCCAAAAGAUAUUCGUUAGGGCGUAACCCUCUCAGCGACGCGCCACAUCAGAACCCGGGUGUGGUGGAAAAUGGGCAAGGGCCGGGCCGUCACCCCCCAGGUGGCGCGCCGUAUCUCGAUCCGGAUACGGUGGCAAGUGAGCGAGGAUCGGGUCGUCGCAUCCUUAGUGGCGCGCUACAUCGGCGCCCGGAUGUAGUGGAAAAUAAGCAAGGGUCUUCGCAUUUGACUCGACGAGUGCGAAGGGUAAGGAAGCUAGCCGAGCCUAGGAGGAUUCGCUUAGGUAGCUGGAACGUAGGUUCUCUGACAGGGAAGCUUCGGGAGCUAGUUGAUGCAGCGGUGAGGAGAGGUGUUGAUAUCCUUUGCGUCCAAGAAACCAAAUGGAGAGAACAGAAGGCGAAGGAGGUGGAGGAUACCGGCUUCAAGCUGUGGUACACGGGGACGGCUGCAAACAGAAAUGGCGUAGGCAUCUUGAUCAACAAGAGCCUCAAGUAUGGAGUGGUAGACGUCAAGAGACGUGGGGACCGGAUUAUCCUGGUCAAGCUAGUAGUUGAGGACUUGGUUCUCAAUGUUAUCAGCGCGUAUGCCCCGCAAGUAGGCCACAAUGAGAACACCAAGAGCGAGUUCUGGGAAGGCCUGGAAGACAUGGUUAGGAGUGUACCGAUUGGUGAGAAGCUCUUCAUAGGAGGAGACCUCAAUGGCCACGUGGGUACAUCUAACACAGGUUUUGAAGGGGCGCACGGGGGCUUUGGCUAUCGCAUCAGAAAUCAAGGAGGAGAAGAUAUCUUAAGCUUUGCUCUAGCCUACAACAUGAUUGUAGCUAACACCCUCUUUAGAAAGAGAGAAUCACAUCUGGUGACUUUUAGUAGUGGCCAACACUCUAGCCAGAUUGAUUUCAUCCUCUCGAGAAGAGAAGAUAGGCGUGCGUGCCUAGACUGUAAGGUGAUACCUGGAAAGAGUGUUGUACCCCAUCAUAAGCUGGUGGUUGCUGACUUCCGCUUUCGGAUUCGUGUCCAGCGGGAUAAGCGUGCCAAAGUCGCUAGAACGAAGUGGUGGAAGCUCGAGGGGGAGGUAGCUCAUGCGUUCAAGGAGAGGGUCAUUAAGGAGGGCCCUUGGGAGGAAGGAGGGGAUGCGGACAAUGUGUGGAUGAAGAUGGCGACUUGCAUUCGUAAGGUGGCCUCGGAGGAGUUUGGAGUGUCCAGGGGAAGGAGAAGCGAAGAUAAGGAUACCUGGUGGUGGAAUGAUGAUGUCCAGAAGGCGAUUGAAGAGAAGAAAGAUUGCUUCAAACACCUAUACCUGGAUAGGAGUGCAGACAACAUAGAGAAGUACAAGAUGGCGAAGAAGGCUACAAAGCGGGUUGUUGGUGAAGCAAGGGGUCGGGCAUAUGAGGACCUCUACCAACGGUUAGGCACGAAUGAAGGCGAAAGGGACAUCUAUAAGAUGGCCAAGAUCCGAGAGAGGAAGACGAGGGAUAUUGGCCAAGUCAAAUGCAUCAAGGACAGAGCAGGCCAACUCUUGGUGAAGGACGAGGAGAUUAAGCAUAGAUAGCGGGAGUACUUCGACAAGAUGUUCAAUGGUGAGAAUGAGAGUUCUACUAUUGAACUGGACGACUCCUUUGAUGAGACCAGCAUGCGUUUUGUGCGGCGAAUCCAGGAGUCUGAGGUCAAAAGGAGGCUUUAAAAAGGAUGAAAGGAGGCAAG